AUGAAAUUUUUUAUAGUUUUUUUAAUUCUAAUAUUAAUUCUACACAUUAGUUUAUCAAGUGCAACUAAACCCGAAAGUGUUAAAAUUGUAGAUACUUUUAAACCGGAUGUUUGUAAAAUAAAAACCAAAGUUGGUCAAAAAGUAACAGUUCACUAUACUGGUAAGCUAAUAAAUGGCUACAAGUUUGAUUCAAGUGUAGGAGGAAAACCAUUUACAUUUACUUUAGGUCAAAAUAAAGUAAUUAAAGGAUGGGAAAUUGGUAUAUUGGAUAUGUGUGUUCACCAAAAAAGAGUAUUAAGAAUCCCACCUUCCCUAGGAUAUGGGGACAGGGAUUUAGGUGAUAUACCUCCAAACUCCUAUUUAAUUUUUGAAGUAGAACUAAUUAAAAUAAAUUAA